CAGUGGGAGGAGGUGUGUUCAUGUGCGUGUGUGGCCCAGGAAGCCACUCCUCCUCUGAGCUGAUUCCAGUCAUCACAGCGAUAAUGAAGUGCACACAACGCUGCCUGCUCGCCCGCCUGCCAGUGUGACAUACUGUCACCAUCCUAGAGGACACGCACACUCGCACACACACCUCACAGUCAUUCACUGACAGGACAUACAGCCUGCCUCCUCACAUAUGCAUGCACACACAUUCAUGCUGUCCUGGGAAGGAGUGGAGAGAAGAAAAGGAGACCAAAAGGAGGGAAGAAUAAGAAGAAUUUAACAUCUCUUUCCUCUGUAUGUGACUGACCAGCGGUGACUGGGGGUGCGGAACAGAAACAACAAUCCCGUCACUCGCACACACACCUCUCCCCUGCAGCCACGGAUUCUUGGAUUAGUCUGCCCUGGUGUGGAGUGUGGGAGUCGCGGAGCAGACCAUCAUGGGGAACCAGGCAGGGAGACAGGAGGAAACGGAGUCAGGUGCGCAAGUGGCCAAGAAGUCUGGUAUCCCAGCUCCCAGAGAAAUCCCUUCUGCCAUAACAAGAGACCGCAUAUCUCUGAGGGACCAACUGAGGAGCUCUUCCACUAAGAGAAUGGUGUCCAGUGCCAGCACUUCUAGCCUCUCCACCCUGGCAAAGCAGACACGUAGUUCAACCAAGUCCCGUGCAGAUGCAGAGGGCCAGGAAAAGGGCCUUCUGGAGUGUCAGGUAAAAGAGCUGCUUGCUGAGGCCAAGGCUAAAGACUUGGAGAUCAGCAAUCUCAGGAUGGAGUUGCAGCGCUGCAAGAGUAAAGCAUCGAGCACUUCUUCUUCACCCUCACCCAACUCUGUUUCAUGGCAGGAGCCUUCUGCUGAUCGGGAGCAGGGGCAGGUCGGGGAGGCCCUUGUGCUGGUUGGGGAGCUGAGAGAGAAGAAUGGGAAGUUUCAGAGAGAACUAGCAGCCCUUAGGGAAGAGAAUCAGGUACUGAAGGAAAAACUGCUUUCCUUGGAGACUUCUCCUCUCUCUAGUACAAACACAAGCACUCCCUCCAAGCCUUUGGUGAAUGGCCUGCCCUCAGACUCUUCAGGUCCUCAACAGGACAGUCUCCCGUCUACUGCCAGCCCACUCAAAACUUCCACCUCUUCCAGCUCUGACGUCACCAAGGAGUCGCCAUCACCUGACUCGUCAGAGUUUGAGAAGAUCCCAUCAUGCUCAGAGUCACUGAGCAGUGGUGUCAGCGGGGAAGCUGUUGCAGCAGGAGGAAUAAACAAUGUGGAAGGUCAGGAUGUAUCAGUGCAGAGCCUCACAGAACAGAUUCACAAGAUGGAGGAGAGCCACCACAGCACAGCAGAGGAACUGCAGGCAACGCUGCAGGAGUUGGCUGACCAGCAGCAAGUGGUGCAGGAGCUGACAACUGAGAACGAGCGUCUAACCGAGGAAAAGCGCCUACUGCAGACUUCACUUCAACAGCAGAGAGAGCGUCUGGAGGUGUUGGCCCAAAAGAAUGAGACACUGGCAGUUAGACUUCAGGAGCAAGCUCAGGCUCAGGCCCAGAGGGAAGAGGAGCUGGGUAACCAAGGGCCUCGGCUGGCAGAGCUGGAGCAGAGGUAUGCCGAGCUGGUGGAGAGUUCACGCUUUGAACGGGAGAAACUGGUGGACAUCCAGCAACAACUGACAGGCAGCCUGCGGGUUCUGGAGGAGGAGCACCAGGAGGCUCAGGGCCAGGUGCAGUGCCUCAGAGAGGAGAUAGACAGGUUGCAGGCCCAGCUGGACAAGGAGCAGGAAGUUGGAGGUCAGGCAGCACACACCGCGGAAGAGCAGAGGGCAACGGCAGACUCUCUCCGACUAGAGAACAGUAGGCUGAAGGCACAGGUGGACAUUGAGAGGCAGAAGGUGGGUGAGCUGAUGGCCAUGCAAAGUACCAGUGACAGCACUGAGUUGCAGAAUUUGCUGAAGACGGCACACACUGAGAGAGACAGGCUGGAGGUGGAGCUGACACAACUCAGACAAGAGCUGCUUCAGGCUCAUGCUGACACUGAGCAUGUGCGAGCCACAAUGUCAAAGGUGGAGAUCAAAUGCCAGCAGGUUCAAGAACGAUCUGAAAGGCGAGAGCAGGAGUUAAGCAGCCGAGUGACUUCCCUGGAGGAGGCUGGGAUCCAGGCUGAGAACCAGGUCAAGGAGCUGAAAGAGACCAUCUUUGAACUAGAGGACCAAGUGGAGCAACAGAGGGCUGUCAAUUGCCACACCAACCAAGCUGUCCUGGACAUGGAGAAUCUUGUCAAAAAGCUGGAGGAGCAGAAAGCUGAAGCAGAGCGACAACUGAAAGUUUUCAAUAGACAGAUGAAGGAUGAAAAGGAGGAGUGGCGUCGUUUUCAGGCUGACCUCCAGACUGCAGUUGUGGUGGCCAAUGACAUCAAGGUGGAAGCUCAGCAGGAGCUGCGUACUCUCAGGAGGCAGCUGCAGGAAGAGCAGGAUCGCAGUGCAAAGCUUUCCGCAGACCUUGAGGCCCUGCAGGGAGUCAGGUCCCAAGGUGAUGAGACGAGAGUGCCUGACUCUGACAACAGCCGUCACUGGUGUGGCAUCUCCAUGAUCCCGACCACACCCAUGGAUGCCAGCGGAGAUGCCGACUCAGAGCCCGAAGCUACUGUCAAAUCCCUCAUUAAGUCCUUUGAUACUGUUGGACAGAAUGGACCCAGCCACACAGUUCAAAUGCAUUCCUCACCAAGAAGCCCGCUGAGUGGGAUCCCUGUACGUACUGCACCUGCUGCUGCUGUCUCCCCCAUGCAGAGACACUCAUACAUAAAGCCACUAUCGAAGACACUGGAAAAAAGGAUCAAUCACGGAGAAUUCUCUCAUCAUCAUGAUAAGUUGUCGGGCUGCGGGGAAGACCUGAAGCCUAACAGCCUUAUGAGGAAGAGCCCCUCUCUAGAGUCUGUAAUCAAAACCCCUGCUUCUCUCAGCAGCCGCACUGCAUCCUUCAGCUACAACCGAGGCAACAGUAAGCUCAGUGUGGAAAGAAAAGACCCUUUGGCUGCACUGGCGCGGGAGUAUGGAGGAUCUAAGAGAAAUGCUCUACUGAAGUGGUGCCAGAAGAAAACAGAAGGCUAUCCGAAUAUUGAUGUGACCAACUUCAGCAGCAGUUGGAGUGACGGCCUCGCUUUCUGUGCCCUCUUGCACACAUAUCUACCUGCCCAUAUCCCUUACCAGGAACUCAUCAGUCAAGAUAAGGUCCGGAAUCUGACUCUGGCUUUCCAGGCCGCUGAGAGCAUUGGCAUCAAACCCUCCCUGGACAUCGAGGAGCUGAUGAAGACGGACCGACCGGACUGGCAGAGCGUCAUGCAGUACGUCUCCCAGAUCUACAAGUACUUUGAGACCUGACUGGUGAGGAAGAGGAGCUGAAGAAGAUCGGAGGCACUGCAGCACUUUUCUGUCCCGUCUGUCAGACUGACCGAGCUGCCACGUUGAACCUUCUCCUGCUAGACAUCAGAGACGGGACCGAGGAAUUCUCUGGUCUUGAGAACUUUAAAGCUGCCGUUUUACAGUCAGUGCUGAAGGCCAAAUUAACAAAGGCAGGAAACACAAAGCAAUUUUUACAAGCUGUCAGUGUCGACCAACCGUUUGAUUCUCAGACAAACAAAUUAUGGUGCAAAACACUAUUCAAGUCUUGUAGCAGCUGACAGCACAGUGGAGAGAGCUUCUUUUUUUUCUUGUUUCCUCUGUAUAAAACUACAUGAAAACUUUUGUCACUAAGUGAUUUCAAUAGUAAAUUAGGUUAAAUUGUCGCUGUGAACACUUUUCUAAGAAUUACUCAAUAAUUAUCACUGUUGUUUGUGAAUCAAAAACUCUGUGGAAACGGUCUGACCUUUUAAAGAUGUGCCAAAUUAUCAGCCAAAACACAACUAACACAAGACCAUCUAUGCAUGAUUUAGGUGUGACCUUUCUGUGUGAGCAGCGUGACGUCUGCUUUCCGUCAACAUGCAGUCAUGAGUCUGAACUAAAUUUUUUGUGGCUAACUUAACUUGCUGAGAUGUUGCAUCAAAGAAGUGCUGCCGUCUCAUUCUGAGAGCUUACUGGAAGCUGUCUGGAGUUUUCUUUGAGUUCAUAAUUUGCAGAGCAGAGAGUAUUUUGAACGGACAAGUUUGAGUUGAACUGAAGAUCUUAUAUUUUUGACUUUACUCAUCGUGGUUUGUCUUUAAAAACCAACCCGAGCUGCCAUCUGUGAUGUGACACUAAAAUGAUUUAAGAGUUGCUGAAUAGUUUUGUAGACAAAUAUUUUUUAUGAAAACAGGUUGAUCUCUAUGUUUGCGUUGUUUACAGCAUUGAGGACUGACUGAAUCAAACCAUCCUACUGUGCCCUGCUGUGCCGUUUCUUCACAUUUUCCAUUGAAAUUCUCUCAUAUGUGGUACUGCAGCUGCUUUGCAAAUUGUAUGUAUCUGUAUUUCGCAUGUUAAAUAGGAGAGAGAGGAGCUUUUACACUAAAGAAUUUGGGCACAAGCCGCCAUAUGCAGAAGCUCUUAUGUUUUGACACAUAAAAAGGUUAUUUAUUUAUUUACAAGACAUGCCUACUGCAAUGUGAGAACGUGGACAGAAAAAUAUGCAGUUUUCUAUUUACAGAUGUCAGAUUUGGAGGCCUGUUGGAAGGUUGUUGCUUAAUAAAGGAUUGUCAAGACUUA